AACACUCACACGCCCUCCGCUUACAUUUGUUAAAUUCUAAUCAUUAACUCUGGAGCUUUCAAACACAACUGGAAUUCUGCUGAAGGAGGAUGAACUGAAGUGUACGUUUCACUAAACCAUCAUACGAACGGAUCAACAAUGUGUUGGAGUACAUCGGGACGGUUUUAGUGAGAUAAACAGGACUAAAGUCAAUCCGUCAGAGGGUCAAAGGUCAAACAGAGAGACAUCAUGGAGGAGAAUGAGGAAGUGGACAGAGAUUGGAAAAAACUGGAGCCGAAUGGCCAUGUGAAGAUCUUCCUCACGGUGCUGUACAGUCUCAUCCUUGUCCUCGGCAUCGUGGGAAACAGCGUCACCAUUCACGUGGCGCAGGUGCUGCAGCGAAACGGAUACCUUCAGAAAAAUGUGACCGAUCACAUGGUCAGUCUGGCCUGCUCUGAUUUGCUGGUGCUGUUGAUCGGGAUGCCCGUGGAACUCUACAGCGCGAUCUGGUACCCAUUUUCGUCCUCGUCUGGCAACGCUUCCUGCAAGAUCUACAACUUCCUGUUUGAGGCGUGCAGCUACGCCACCAUCCUGAAUGUCGCCACAUUGAGUUUUGAGCGUUACCUCGCCAUCUGCCACCCGUUUCGCUACAAAGUCAUCGGCGGCAGUCGUACAACGAAGCUCCUGCUCUGCGCGUGGCUCUGCUCAGCGCUCGUCGCUUUACCGCUGCUGAUCACGACGGGAAUGGAAGGACACAUACCUGAGGGCCGCAGCACACCUUUGCAUAAUCUGACAUUCUGCACAAACCUGAGCAGACAUUGGGUGAUGUAUCAGUCCAGCAUCUUCACGGCUUUCAUUCUGUAUCUUCUGGUGUUGUGUGGCGUGGCCUUCAUGUGCAGAGGGAUGAUUGUUGUACUGCGGAAACCAAUGGGCCCCAGUGAAUCCAGCGCAAAUACAGAAGGACACAGCGUUCCCAAACACGAGAGCAGCCGACUGAAAGCAUCACGUAAACAGACCAUCCUCUUCUUGGUGUUGAUCGUGUGUUCCCUGCUUGUGUGCUGGAUGCCCAACCAGAUCCGGCGUUUGAUGACGGCAUCAGUGCCCAAGUCAGCAUGGACGGUGAGUUACCUGAGCAGCUACGUGAAGCUCCACCCGGUGGCCGACACGUUCUUCUACCUGAGUUCUGUGUUAAACCCGCUGCUGUAUAACCUCUCAUCGAGACAGUUCCGUUCGGCGUUCUGGCAGAUGCUCACGUGUCGUCUGUCGCUCGAGCACAUCAACAGAAGAACGCUUGAAAACAGUCUCGCUUCAAAGAGCUCCAGUCACACGUUACGGCCGCUGCUGCGCAGGUCAAUGAACCGCAUGCGAGGAAAAACUAGUGAGAGAUCAAACCAUCCAUCAUCAGAGAGCCAAACUGCUGUGGCCCUCACCGAGCGACCGUCGACCACAGAGACACCCUCUACUCCAGCGCUGGAGGAGUCAACAACAACAACAACAACACCACUGCAAACAAACACCGUGUGAAUAACAUCAUACUGUAUAACAGCAUACUGAAUAACAUCAUACUGUAUAACAUCAUACUGAAUAACAGCAUACUGAAUAACAGCAGGACAACAUUUAUGGGAUUUCUAAAACCCUUCAUACACAAUCUAUGUUUAAACACUGACCCUUAACACUUACUUAGUUUAAUCAUUUAAACCAUGACUUUAACUAUACAUACGUAAUAUUUACAUUAUAUUCAUGAUGUUAGUCAGAGGGGAACUGGCCCCCACAGUGAGUCUGGUUUAGGGUUAGGGUGGGGUUAGUCAGAAGGGAACUGGCCCCCACAGUGAGUCUGGUUUAGGGUUAGGGUGGGGUUAGUCAGAGGGGAACUGGCCCCCACAGUGAGUCUGGUUUAGGGUUAGGGUGGGGUUAGUCAGAGGGGAACUGGCCCCCACAGUGAGUCUGGUUUAGGGUUAGGGUGGGGUUAGUCAGAUGGGAACUGACCCCCCACAGUGAGUCUGGUUUAGGGUUAGGGUGGGGUUAGUCAGAGGUGUACUGGCCCCCACAGUGAGUCUGGUUUAGGGUUAGGGUGGGGUUAGUCAGAGGGGAACUGGCCCCCACAGUGAGUCUGGUUUAGGGUUAGGGUGGGGUUAGUCAGAGGGGAACUGGCCCCCACAGUGAGCCUGUUUAGGGUUAGGGUGGGGUUAGUCAGAAGGGAACUGGCCCCCACAGUGAGUCUGGUUUAGGGUUAGGGUGGGGUUAGUCAGAGGGGAACUGGCCCCCACAGUGAGUCUGGUUUAGGGUUAGGGUGGGGUUAGUCAGAGGGGAACUGGCCCCAACAGUGAGUCUGGUUUAGGGUUAGGGUGGGGUUAGUCAGAAGGGAACUGGCCCCCACAGCUAGUCUGGUUUCUCCCAAGGUUAUUUUUCUCCAUUAAUCAACAUCUGGAGUUUUGUGUUCCUUGAGUCGUCUUCAGCUGCUCACUGGGGUUAUUAAUACAAUUAUUAUUUAAUUAUUUUUAUACACACUUCAUAUUCAUAUUUAAUCAAACUACACAAUGAUGACUCAAAGACUUUAUAUAUAUUAGUUUUAUCUUCAGUAAAGCUGCUGUGAAACGAUUAAUAAAUAAAAAUGACUUAUUGAGAAUCUGAAGCUUCUGUGGGGAUCCAGUGCAAUCAGGACAUUUAAGGUAAAGAGUUUCUGGAAAAUACAAGAACUUUCCUGCCAGACUUCAAACUUCCCUUGUGUGGUAUUUUAUGUCACUGAAUGAAUGUUACAUUAUAAAGUGCUUUACAGUGAACAUCCACCUGUUUGAUUGACAGCAGCUGUAGUGCACCAGUACACACACCAGAUACUGGGGAGAGGAGAGAGAUGCACACAAAAAUGGAGGUCAUGAUUAAUUUAGGGUCAAUGUGGGGAAUUAUAUUCUGAAGUUAACUAUAAAGUGACGGGCAGGAAUGAUCUGCUCUUAUAGUAUAUAUAAUGAUAUUAUCAGAAUGGUACAGCGGGGUUAAAGGCACAUUGUGUCCUGCAACACACACUCCCGCAGCACCUUCUGAAAUAUUCCUGAUGCACGACAUCACUGUAAUGUCUAAAGUUAGAUUUUUUAAAAUGUUGCAAAUUGUGUUUCUAAUGAGAAUCCUUGAAAUGAUCACAUGUAUUAAUGAACAGGAAGUGAUGCACCCUUUCCUGAAGUGCUUAUUUUGAGUAUAAUGUUGAUCUUGCGGUCUCAAUGCGUUUGCAAGUUGCCCCGAAAUCUAAAGGAUAACUUUUACCCCAAAGUACAGGGCAAAAGCCCCUUCACCGCCUAAAACAUGAGCUUUGAUCUAAACUACCUUCCAUUAUAUGUUUGUCCAGAUAUUCUGUUGCUCCAUUAAUAUUCAAUAAAAAGACAUUUGUUCAAUCUUGAUAUACAUUGUCAUUAGCCCUGUUGUACGCUAUACGUUCAUAUGGCGUUAUAAGUGUUCCCUCAUGUACUUCCGCUCAUGUGUCCAUCUUAUUCAUCACAGGAACACCAUUGAAGAACUGAAACAAGGUAACAAGACAAGAAGCCACUUAACGCUCCUCGAGUAUGUCCUGAAAGUAACAGGAGUCGUUCACUCGUGCGUGAUGUGCAGGUGUGUGUUGCAGUAGUCCGCUAUAGAUACUCAUGAGAUUCUAUAUGCAGUCAAAAUAACAAUAUUUUUCUCCCUAAAAUGAUUUGAGGAUGAGGGAGCAGAAGU